AUGGUGGAUGAGACGUUUUUGAAGAGAAAAUACAAAGGAGUAUUACUAGUUGCUACUGCAUUAGAUGGAAACUCGAGUUUAUAUCCUAUUGCCUUUGGAGUUGUCGACUCAGAGAAUGACCUCGCGUGGAACUGGUUUAUGAGACAACUUAAUGUGGUCAUUGCUGACGACCAUAGCUUAGCUUUUGUAUCUGCUGGAAUUCCUCAAUUGCUAAAGCUAUUGCAAGACGGGAAAGGUAUAGCUGGUUUGGUUGCAAAGGCUUUUAAAGCUUAUCGAGCUGCUGAUUUUCGUAAGGUGGUCACUUCUAUUUUCGCUAUUACUCCUCAAAUUGGAAAGUAUCUCAUAGAUGCCGAAGUGAGGAAGUUGGCUUGUUGUCAGUUUCCGGGUUACAUAUAUGAUAUUAGGACUACUAACCCUGCGGAGUCGAUAAAUUCUGCUUUGCGUACUCCUAGAGAGUUUCCAGUGAUACUUUUAUUGGACAGCAUUAGGGAAAUGAUGACUCGAUGGUUUUUCAAACGUAGAACUUUAAGUUCUAAGCAUUCGAAGCCACUGACCAUUGCUGUGGAGAAGAAGUUUGACAGAAGGAUUGAGAAGGGUAAAACAUUUAAGGUCUUUCCAGUUAGCGAUCAUAGGUUUUUAGUUCAAGGUGACACUUUCGACUCCUCGAUUGACUUGGUACACCAUAAAAGCAGGCUUCAGUGUUUAAAACCACACACACUCCCAGAUGACAUGUACACUACUGCCUCAUGGCGCUCGACUUAUGAAGAAAGCAUAAAUCCUAUUAGCGUCCCUGAAGAUGCAUGGAAAGUUCCAUCUCAUGUGGAGAAGUCGUAA